AUGAAGUCCGUUAUCGCUUUAGCCUUUGUUUGUGGCGCCUUUGCCGGUAGCUUUGAGCCAGCUGUUGUUCAGCAGGCCAUGGGCGCUUCAGAGCCCGACCGAAUUCUUGAGACUGCUCCUGGUGUUCGCAAGUCCUACACUUUCAAUGAGAUGCUUGCCCUCAAACGAGACGGCGUCACUUUUAUGGAUGUGACGGACUUUCCUCUGGAGUUUGGCUCUCUGAAUGUUGCUGCGGAUGUCAAUUAUCCGAGCAAGGUCUACUACAAGGAAAUGAUCCAGGAAUUGAGUGGCAAUUUGUCCAAGGCUGAGCUCGAGAGCACCCUGACCAAAUUGACCUCGUUUUACACUCGCUAUUGUAAAUCGGAAACCGGACUAGAGUCCAGUUUGUGGCUGCGUGAUCAGGUGGCUGACAUUGUAUCUCAAUCGGCUCGCGAUGAUAUCGAUAUUGAGCUGGUGGACCACGACUGGCCGCAAAAGUCUUUGGUUGCACGCUUCCGCGGCUCCAAAACCACCGACACUGUGGUUGUGGGUGCUCACCAGGACUCAAUUAACCUGCUACUGCCCAAUAUUUUGCCUGCUCCUGGUGCUGAUGACGAUGGGUCCGGAACCGUCACCACUCUCGAGGUCUUUCGGGUUCUGGCCUACAGCGGCUACGAACCCGAAAACACUGUCGAGUUCCACUGGUAUAGUGCUGAGGAGGUUGGACUUUGGGGCUCUCAGGAUAUUUUUGAGCGCUACUCGAAAGAAGACCGAGUCGUGAAGGCUAUGCUUCAGCAGGACAUGACCGGCUACUCUGCGGGCAACUUUGAGUCUCUUGGCCAUGACGCUCUGAGUGUUAUCACUGACUUUGUUGACGAGCGCUUGACCAACUACAUCAAGCUUUUGAUCGACAAUUAUUGCGAUAUUCCCUAUGUAGAGAGCACCUGUGGCUACGCAUGCUCCGACCAUGCCUCUGCGUCGAAAUUCGGCUAUCCUUCAGCCUUUGUGAUUGAGAGUGCUCUCGAUACAUCUGACAAGUACAUCCACUCCAUCAACGACAAGAUUGAGCAUCUCAGUUUCGACCAUAUGCUUCAACAUGCCAAGCUUACCUUGAGCUACGCAUUUGAGCUGGGCUUUGCUUCCUUUGAUUAA